AUGAUGGACAGACCGGUGGCCGGUCGACUACCGGGACGUUGCCUGCCAGGCGACUUCGACUGUGGAUUCGGCCGCUGCGUACCAGUCACUUCAUUCCAUGAUGGUAAACCGGACUGCUACGACGGCAGUGACGAAUGGUGCUUUUUCGGUCAAGUCAAAUGCGGCGCGUAUUGCGUUGAUGUGUCACAGGCGUUCAGCUGCUUGUUCUCAUCCAGAUGUGACGACUCUAGCCGUCAACCACCGUGGUGUUCCGUAUCGAAGGAAAAGCUAUGCGGAGAGCCGAGUGCAUUUCCAUGUCGUGGAUAUGGCGAGUGCGUUCUGUGGCCAUGGUUGCUCGACGGUGAAAAACACUGCAUCGAUGGCAGCGACGAAGAUCAACUCUACGUUCGAGCGUUGGAAUUCUCGUUUCGAUGCUACUAUAACCGAACGAGACAAGUAGCCAUGCCACCACCUCUCAACUAUACCGAUACAUUUCUGAAACUCACUAAUCCUAAUCAACUACCUGAUAUUCGUCCACCUCAAUUUCCUACUUUAUUUCCGCCGCUAUCUACACUACCUUCGCCUGAUUUGUAUUUAACUUCACCGUCGUCUUUUACUCAACCACCUCCAGUACAGCUUUCAAAAAUUACCGGUUUACCACCAUUGCCACCGCCAUUUCCGACAUUGCUGCCACCAACACCGCCAUCUAAUCCUUCAGUUAUUCAACUGGGACCUAAUCCUAUUGUGCCGACUGAACAAACUGUACUCGUGCCUGAUAGUAUUUCUUCUCCAGAUGAUCCAUUUGUUAAGCUGAGUCGACCAUUAUCUACCUCUACUCAAGCUCCCUCUUCACCUAAAUCUACUUAUUCACCGAAUUAUAAUAGUAAUGAACAAGAAUCGCAGUCACCUCUAUUAUCAACUACUUCAUCAACUACUCCAUCUACAGCUCAGCCUCCAUCAGUGAAAACUGUUGUGAUAGUGCCAACAAAACCUCAUGUGCGAGGCCGCCUGACAACAACAAGGCCGUGGUCAGUACAGAGUACAACUUCUGGAAGGCUUACUCAUAUUCAAGUAGUAACUGAAUUGAUCACCUCGGGCGAUGGCGAUCUAAUCGCCUCUUCAUCUGGUCAGGGAACAACAGAAAGAGAGCGUGAAAAGCAGGGAAUGAGUUCGUCCGGAUCCAAGCCUGAUCGGUUAAAUACCCUGGACCCGGCCGUCAGUGGACAGGCAACUGCCACUCCACCCAAAACAUCUGCACCCGGAGGAUAUGCAGGAGUGCUGAUACCGUUACCAGAUGAAAGCGCAGUCAACCCGAAGUUUCGUACCACUAUUCGUCCACAAACCAGUCAGAUCGAUAACGACCAUUCCGAUCAAUCCCUGAUAUCGUCGUCAUCGAGUGAGAUGAACUCAGUCCGGAUGACAGAUUCCAACACUGCAACAUCUCCUGCCCCAUCGCUUCCAAACCCUGCCAUCUCAGGAUCAGUCGAAUCAGGAAGCAACAGUUAUUCUACUACGAUAACUCCUACAACAAUAACAACAACGACAACAACAGUAAUUCCUACUACUGCAAGGAACUUAUGUUUAACCGAUUUGAUAACAACAUCACAAAACAGAUAUUCAUCUCGCGAAUGUCAAUGUCCAACUGGAGAGAUGCUUUUGAACGAGCAUUGUGAAGUGAUACCAAAUAUAAGUCUUCACAUUGUAGCCAGCGAAGGGAACUUAGCCUUCUACAAGCUCAACAUCCAGUCAGCCUGCGGUGAGGAGACGUUGACGCCAGACCAGAAGAAAUGGAUUGCCAUAGGAAAGGUAUGCGAGCUUGUCGGAUUGAGAACUCAGACUUUGAUUCAUCUGAUAGAAGAGUUCUGUAAGGAAAGAAACUUAUUUUUCUGA